AUGGAGAAUGUGCCCUAUUCAUUUAUGUUGUAUCACACUGCAUAUGAAAUCCCCUGGCUAAAUGAAAAUUUUUUGGAUACCAAAGGUUUAACUUCUGUUGCUCUUGGGCAGUUUUGGUUAGAAAUUGUUAAACAAUUAGCAGAUAAUAUUUUAAUUCCAUUUAAUAUCGAAGAUUAUUGUCUAGCACUAUAUGAAUUUUUGGCAAGGGCUAAUGCACAAAUGAAAUUGGAAGGUGUAACAAAAUUCAUCAACAAUACAAAACUUGACUUACUACAAAAAUCCUUGGAAAGAUUCCAUAAAUUAUCAAUUCCCUUUCAACAAUUUAUUAAUGCUGUAAAUAAUGGGAAAAUGCCAAUUUCAUUAAUUAAACGUGAACAAAUUAAUCAAAGACUACUUUUAUUGGAACGUUGUUUUUUAAUUACAAAUGUUGACAAAACUGAUGAAAAUAGAGAAAAUAGACGACAUUCUAUAUUUUCUGCACCUAUUGAAGAAGAAAAUUCCGGGGUUAUUAAUUUUAAAUAA